CUGGUCCAAGGAGGGUUUUUGGCUUUCCCCUUGCCCUCCUCUUCUGCUUUAUUAUGCCGUGUAUAGUAGCCGGUAAAUCCCACCGCCAGUUCCUCCUUCUGUGUUUUUGGGUUUUGAGUUUAACCAAGAGAGCGAGAGAAUAUUAAUUUUAAUAAUAAAUAGAAGGAAAAAAAGAAAAAGAAAGGAAAGCCCAUUGGGUGGUUUUGCAGGGAGGUUUCAUUUGAUGAUCAUCAUCCACACAGGAUUCAGAUAUACAAACUAACCCUUGUCCUUUUCCUUCCUUGCUUAUUCUCUGUCGUUCCUCACUCUCUCUCAAUGUCCUUCCCUGUCGAAAAGAAAAAGGUUCGAUUUUUAAUUUGAAUAAAUUGUAGUUGGUUGGUGGUUUCUUCAUUCAUUCAAUUCAGAGGCCGUCCUUGUGAGAAUUUUGGCAGGUGGGUUUGAAGGCUGGUGCUUUUCUUUGCUGGUUUCGAAAGGCUUCAUCAAAAGUUUCUGAUUGCAUAUAUGGGCUGAAGAAAAGCUGUUACGGUUGGUUAGACAGUAAAGCUGGUUUUGUUUUGAUUAAUGAAUUCCUUUCACUAUGAAUGUGUAAGAUAUGUCAGUGGAAAGGAGGCUGGAAUAUGGUUUCGGUGGCUACAGGGUCCCUGUGGUUCCUCGUGCUGCUCGAUCAUAUAGGGGCAGAGGAUUGACCAGGAAGAAAGGAGAUAAAGAGGGCGAGAUACGAGCAUUUGAAAUCUUAGCAAGUGUAGCUGGUAAAAUAUUGCAGGAUGGUGAAGUUUCUUCUGCUGCUUGUAAUGGUGAUGAAGAAACAGAAUUGUCUAAACCAGACUCUUCUGUUUGUGGUGGGAAAACUGAUCCCUCAGGCUCGGAGACUGGUUUGAAUCAAGGCUAUCCAUUCCAUGACUUCUUAUCACCACCUCAGGCGACUUCUUCUAGUCACAAGGGAAGCUCAACUUCUUCCGAUCACUUGGAGAAGAAGAUACAUGAAGAUGCUGCUGAUGAUAAUUUGUCUCCCAAGGGAUGGGAAAUGUAUCAAGGCCAAAGGGAGAGCCUAGUAGCUCAGGUGAAGCCUGAUGAAGUUGAGUGCAAAGUCAAAAGUGCUGAAAGUGGAACUUCGCCGCCUGUUCAAGUUGAUUUUGAGGACAAGAUGGAAAUCGACAUGAACAUUCCUGCACGGGCUAGUCCCGAGAACAAUAAUGUGAAGCCAUCAUCGUCAUUAUUCAAGAACUGCAUUGGUGGCUUAGGUUGUUUCUCUGGACGUUCUGCUGAAACUAAAGUAGAAGUCACUAGAGAUGAUGAUGACGAAAAUGCUAGUGGGUGCUCUCAAGAUGUGCAGUCAUAUAAACAGCAACAUAUAUCCUGUAAUGGAGUUCAGAAACCCAGGAACUCAUCAUCAGCAUCUGUACUGAAGCAUUGGAGGGUAACAGCUGCUAACUCCAAGGUCGGGGGAUUUUUCAGAACUGAUGGGAAGGCAUCAACAACCAAAGCAACUUACAAUAAUAGUGGGAAGUCUUCUUCAAAUAAUCAGCAAAAAACUCAGAAAGUUAUACCUUUCAAGAAACGGAAGUUCUUUGCAUGUGAUGGUGCAUCUGUGUGUGAUGACUUAUUUACUUCUCCUAACAAAAGAACCAAUGAUGACAACAGCUGCGGCUCAGCAUCAGGAACAUCAUCUUCAGUAUCAGGCCAACAUACACCUCCAAACUCACGAGACUGUAAUGUCAAGUUUAGCAUCAAAUCAUUCAAGGUUCCUGAGCUCUUCAUCGAGAUUCCUGCGACAGCAACUGUUGGCUCAUUGAAGAGGACGGUAAUGGAGGCAGUCACUGCUAUCCUUGGUGAUGGACUACACGUUGGCAUCCUGGUGCAAGGAAAGAAGGUUAGAGAUGACAACAAAACCUUGCUCCAGACUGGGAUUUCUCAAGAUGACAAGCACCAUGGUUUGGGUUUCAUAUUGGAGCCCAGGCAACAUGUUCAAAUAGCUUCAUCAUCACCACCUUCCUGUGCUCAGACGCCCUCCUUCUUAAUCAGCCGUUCUCCUGCUGCUGCAUCUAGCAGGCAUACAUCUCUGAAGCUACAAGCUGGGGGAUCAAGUGGUGUUUCUCCAAUUGUUUCCACAGACAUGGGAUUUGUUGGGAGGAGUGGUGGUGGAAGUGGUGAUUCAGGCAGAGCUAUUGUCCCUCUUGUUGAUGAGCGAGCGUCUGUACCUGAAUCAAAAGCUCUGGUGACAGUUCCAUCAAUUAGAAUGGAGGCAAUGGCAAUGGUGCCCUUCCACAGGAAAUCCGGUCAGCCUGAGCUUGGUCAGCGCCGGAUGAGAAGACCCUUCUCGGUCUCAGAGGUGGAAGCACUUGUUCAGGCUGUUGAAAAACUUGGAACUGGAAGGUGGCGUGAUGUCAAGUUGCGUGCUUUUGAUAACGUGCACCAUCGAACUUACGUGGAUUUAAAGGAUAAGUGGAAGACAUUGGUACAUACAGCAAGGAUAUCCCCACAGCAAAGAAGAGGGGAGCCUGUUCCACAAGAACUUCUGGACCGAGUUCUGGCCGCCCAUGCUUACUGGUCGCAGCAGCAGGCCAAACAGCAAGCUAAAGCUACUUCUUGAUGUGAAGAGCCCCAUACAGGAUAAGGGGUGCUGUUGUCAAGUUCAUGGUUGAUUGUAAAUUAGAAAUAUUAUAGAAAGUAAACAUAAAACUCUUUGUAGAUUAAGAUAUGGUUUUGUUUAUAGGGGGUUCAUUUUUUUGUUGGCUUUGCUAACUUAACCCCAAGCUGCCCCUUGAAGGAGGAGGUUUGGACCAUUUGUAGAUUGAAUUUGUAUUCAUGACAGCAAAGCUUUGUUCCUUUUUUUUGUUGAUUUUUUGCAAACUGCAGCAAACACUUUGUUCAGUUUUUGCUCCCUCUGUGAAUAAGAAGGGAAAGCGCUAGCUUCUUUUGUUUGUUUAAUGUCUGAGAAAGUGGUGCUGUAACGAAUUGUACUUCCUUUGCAACUUUCUGAUAGUUUGAGGGUUGUAAUAAUUGGAUGAUAGCGAAACAAAUAGAUAGAAAAGGGACUGAAGUGUAAGAGACGAGGAGUCUAGGAUGGGUAUAAAUAAUACCACGUGAACCAUU